AUGCUGUUUUGGCACAACCAGCCGGAGCACCUGUGGCCGAGCCCCAGGGAGCUGUACCCUGGGCCACUAUGCAGCUUGCUCAGGGAGGCCUUGCCCUUCCCCUACCUCAAGCAGGAAGAGCUGGCCAACAUCCCCGAGUGGAGUAGCCCUGCCCCGCGUUCUAGCCAGUACUAUGAGAACGUGGUGCGUGUGUUUUUCCACGACCGGUGCCUGCAGUACACAGAGCAGCAACAGCUGGACGGGUGGAGGUGGAGCCGGCCUGGGGACCGCAUCCUGGACAUAGAUAGCCCACUGUCCGUGGGGGUGCUGGAACCCCAAGUGCUGCCCUCACAACUGAACAUCAUGGAGUUUUAUUGGGACCCGACCAAGAGGACCUCUCUCUUCCUGCAGUUCACUCCUCAGAAAAAAGGUGGGGAGAAAGGCGUCCCCUUUCGCCUCCAGACCGACACUUUCAAGCCCAGUGAUAAGGAGCUUCCGCUGGAGCACCUGCAUUCAGCGAGCUGCCUCGUCAAGGUGUUUAAGCCCAAACGAGCUGACCGGAAACUGAAAACUGACCGGGAGAAGAUUGAGAAACAGCCUGUGCAUGAGAGAAACAAGUAUCAGACAGCCUGUGACAGCACCGUCUUCAUGGAGUGUUCACCGUGGCCAGAGCCCAUUUCAGGGGUCCACCCGCCUCUGAGCCCUUUUGCUCUGACCUCUCCCCACUCCUGCAAGCUCCUGUCCCCUGAGAGGGAUGUUACCCCUCCAUCUUGUUCUCAGUCCAUGGUGCUACUUGGACCACUCUUUAUGCCUCGGGAUCUGAACCCUGGAGCCUCCGUCCCAGAGACACAGCAGUGGUUGCAUCGGCACCGGUUCUUCAGCUACUGCCGGUUGCUGGCCAAUUUCACUGGCACUGAUCUGCUGAAGCUUACUCGCCAGGACCUUAUCCAGAUCUGUGGAGCUGCUGACGGGAUCCGCCUUUUCAAUACUCUCAGAGCCAGGCCGAUCCGACACCGGCUGACCUUAUAUGUUGCUCAGGAGGCCUCUAGGCAAGACGAUGAGGUUCCUAAGAACCCUGACUCAGGUGAGGUUCUGGCCUCUUCAGAAAACAAAAGAAGCCAGGCGUGGCUGCAUGAAACCUCUUCUAGCCUGGGACCCAGCAUGCCCUUGGCAUUCUCAUCUUUUGUGAUUUGA